AUGGGUCCAAGAUUAUGGCUUGUUGUUCGAAAUGGAUUGGAACAAAGACCACCUCAAAAAAUUGGUUAUUGUAAUUUAAUUCCAAAUAUAGUAGACAAUCCAGUGUUUGGAUCUGCUCAGUAUGAGAAAUUAAAUCAAGUUCUGGAUAGAUUUAACAAUUCUUAUUCACGUAAAAUUCCAGGAAGAAUUAUUUCUAUUGAAUCUCAAGAAAUGAAACUGUCGUCGUGGUCAGUAUUUGAUCCGGAUCGUUCAAACUGGUCAGUGAAUGGAGAACAUGCAAAAAAAUUUUUGUUUGUUAUAAGAAUAUUUUUUGAACUUGGUGUACCAGAAGGAGAACAAAUUGGUAUAGCAGAUUUCGUUCCUCGAACAAUAUAUGAAGGAGGAUUACUUUCCAAACCAGAAUAUGAACCUUUUUCCAAUGUUGUUAAAAUGGCAUCUCAGUGGUGUGCAGCACAAAGAUGUAUCAGAUAUUGCAAUGCCCAAUCAUUGGAAUUAAAGAUGAAAUAUGAUGGUGUUAUAGAUACACAACGAAUGAGUUAUACAGAACAUGGAGAUAGAAAUACCUACUAUGUGAGAAUAUUACGAGUGACCUAUACAAAAUGUUCUGAGAUAAAUGCACUUCCACCUCCUCUUCAUUUAAAUUGCAAAACUAUUAUUCCUUAUCAAGUAGCUCAUGCUGCAUUUUCUGAAGAAUAUGAAGAUUUGAGAAUGGUAAAAGAAAGAUUGAAGAGAUGGGUCGAAUUAACAGGGGCUCGUGUAUUGAGUGCAGAAACUGCCGCAAUGAGAUUAAGAACAGGCGGAGAAGCCAGGCAUGGAAUUGAAACCACUUUUACAUAUAAUCGUUCCGAGUUCAACGAACAUUGGAUUUAUGUUUUUAGAUUAUAUUUGGAUGGUUACUAUGCAGAUCCACCAGCACAUUUGAUGCCACAGCCACCAACACCAGUUUACGAUGAUUGUUGUGUUAUUUUGUAAAUUAGCUACUUUAAAGUAAGUUAGGAAAAAUUAAUUUUGUACAAAAGACCUGAGUAUAUGCAAUAUUUAUAUUAAGUUGAAGUUGUUCUGAAAGCUCUGUUUCAGUAGAUUAAGAAAGUACAGUAGAGCAUCAAUUAUCCGAAUCAGUUGGGGACUGGGGUUGUUCGGAAAAUUGAUUUUUCGGAUAACCGAUUAUGUAGGGAAAAAAUAUAUUAACCUAUCUCAUGUUGAAAUUUGUUCAAAUCCUGGCACAUCCUUAAGUACAUUCUCAUGGUCGUGCCAGUGCUACCAGCUAAAACACGCACACCAAAAAAAAUAAUAUUGGAGUAGCCCAAGACAUAGCCAAAGAUUGCAGCACUAGCAGAAAUUUAAAUUUGCUGACUGAAAAGCGUUCGGUUAAUUCACGUUUUGGUUGAUCGACAUUCAGAUAAUCAAUGCUCUACUGUAUUAAACUUUUAAUUUUUCAUAAUUUUUUUUGUAUGUUUGUUACACAUAAAAUGGAGGAAUGCAAUAGACUUAAUAUACUAUUACUAUUUUUAUAAAGAUAUACCAUAUUUACUCGGAUAUAAGACAAUCUUGCAUAUAGGACAAGGGGUGACUUUAAAGAUCAAAAUAAAGAAAAUUAGAUUUAUUAAUAUCUGGUGUGGUAGCUGAUGAAUACGUAGAUUUAGUAUAUAUCUCUUUAAUCCAAAUUAGUAAAAAUGGUAGACUU